GAGCGGCGCAUGAUCGCCCGCAAGCGUUCGUCUCCAUUUUAUAAGAAGCCUUGCCAACUGUUAGAGAGAGAAAGCGAAAAAACAUCGCGAAAGAGAAGGAAGAGAGAAACUUUGUCGAUACCCUGUUUCGAUUUUGCGCAUCUGAGACGUAAACAACACCCAACAACAAGAAAGGGGAGCGAUUUCUUCCACGGGGAAUGAUGUAACAGAGAAUCCUGUUCUGCCUCCCGCAUUCCGUCAAUUGGAAAAGUUGGACAGCUAGCUUUGAGUUUAACCCGUCUUCAUCUUCUUCUCCGUCCCCCCUCUCUCGUAAUAAACUCAAGCCCGGCUGCGGAAAUUUGCACUCUUCCUGUCUUCCUCGGCAUUUUCGCUCGGCCUAUAAAGGAAAGGUGCGAUCUUGAUGCUGAUUCCAACGCAAUCGAGCUGAUUCUUCGCUUUCGCUUCCAUUCUUCUCGCGUUUCGGCUUCAGGGUCGUGGAGCUUUUCGUGUCUUUUCUGUUCCUCGUCGCUCGAAAUGGCCGCUGCCGUGUUUAAUCAAGCAUGUGGAAUUGUUCAGCCUCAUGGCUGUCUCAACAAAUCUUCCAGCCAUCAGGAAUUGGGCAGUGUUUCGUUCAGAUUUUCUCGGAAAGUGCUUAAUUUUGAAGCUAGUCAGUUGGUAAGAGGAACUCGGGCCUCCGAACUGAGGAAUUCUUCUGCUACUAGAGUUUCAGCCCAAUCUCCAGUGCUUGAUCCAGUUAUAAUUCCCUCAAAAAGUGAUUCCACGGAGUCCAAGAAAAAAUCAAGUGAAGCAGCUCUUAUACUGAUUCGGCACGGUGAGUCUUUGUGGAAUGAAAAGAACCUAUUCACAGGUUGUGUAGAUGUACCACUUACCAAUAAGGGGAUAGAGGAAGCAAUUCAUGCUGGACAAAGAAUUAGCAACAUACCCAUCGACAUGAUUUUUACAUCGGCACUGAUUCGUGCGCAAAUGACAGCAAUGCUUGCCAUGACUCAGCACCGUUGUAAAAAGGUGCCGAUGAUCUUGCAUGAUGAGAGUGAGCAGGCUAGGCUAUGGAGCAAAGUCUUCAGUGAAGAUACAAAAGAACAAUCCAUUCCUGUCGUAACAGCUUGGCAAUUGAAUGAAAGAAUGUAUGGGGAAUUACAAGGUCUGAAUAAGCAGGAAACAGCAGAAAGAUACGGAAAGGAACAAGUUCAUGAGUGGCGUCGAAGUUAUGACAUUCCUCCGCCCAAUGGGGAGAGUCUGGAAAUGUGUGCCGAAAGAGCUGUUGCUUAUUUUAAAGAACAGAUUGAACCUCAACUACUUGCUGGGAAGAAUGUUAUGAUUGCUGCCCACGGGAAUUCUUUGAGGUCAAUCAUUAUGUACCUUGACAAAUUAACUUCCCAGGAGGUUAUAAGUUUGGAACUAUCAACGGGUGUACCGAUGCUAUACAUAUUCAAAGAGGGUAAAUUCAUCAGGAGAGGAAGUCCCUCGGCACCGACGGAUGUUGGGGUAUAUGCAUAUACUAAGGGUUUGGCUAAGUACAGGCAGAAGUUGGACGAGAUGUUCCAGUAGCAUACUCGAGGCAUCUUUAUGUACAAGCUACCAAAUUUGUCCCUAGUACGUCACAAAUCCUCUGCAGCUAUUCUUCGUGUUGACGUUGGAUUUCUGUCGCGCACGAAUUAUCUGAGACCUCUCUGUAUUAGGCAUUGGUUUUCAGGCUCAAAUAGAGGAGGGCUUAAACAAGAAAAGCAUUGUGCAAAGUUUCAAAUGCCGGUUGAAGUAAUACUUUUCAAGAGUCAGAGCAGUAGAUUAGGAAACUUGGUUUUUCCAUCUAUAUGUAUCCUUGGACCCAGUUUGGUUUUUCUUCCCCUUUCCUUCCCCCUAUAAUCCAUGUGCUGUAGUCAGGUUAUAACUUAUACGUGUGUAAAAUGAUAACGGUUGAAAUUAUGUGAUCAAUGGACACUGUAGUAAUUUCUAGGCAGUUGGGAUUGUUUUCCUUCUUGCA